UGCUUUUAUUCUAAAAGGAUUAUAACCGGAAAUCACGUUGGUAACUCGUUUGACGUCAGCGGAAGUCCCCUGUUAGCUGCGAUCGUGCAGGUCUGCAGGAAGAAACAUCAUCAUGGAGAGAAGUUGAGUUUGAAAGUGUUUCUCUGUAGUAACACAUGGCAGCAGGGGAGGGUGGAGGUCGGGCUCCGGUCUGCCUGUGUGUCCUCUGCGGGCUGCCCGCCGCUGGGAAGUCCUCCCUGGGCCUCACGGUCCUCAGCACCGCUGCACAGCUCGGCUGGAGAGCCACUGUGGUGCCUUAUGAUGACCUGAUCCCCGGGCAGGCCUUUCACACCAGAGUGGAGGAGGAGGAGGACGGAGCGAUGCACACUGAAUGGAAGUCACACAGACAGGCAGUGCUGCAGUGCAUCGAGCUCUUCCUGAAGACGCCUGAGGUGUCGGCAAAGCUGCUGAGCGGCCGUCAGAUCAACACUGCUGCCUGGGAACAAUGCGUCCGUGUGUUGCGGCAGCCUGAAGCUGUGGACCCCUCUCAGGCCGACCGGGCACCACUUCUCUUUCUACUGGAUGAUAACUUCUACUAUCCAAGCAUGAGAUACGAAGUGUUCCAACUUGCAAGAAAGUAUUCUCUGGGGUUCUGCCAGGUCUAUCUUCACUGUGAUGUUGAGUCCUGUAUCAGCAGAAACCAGCGCAGGCCUGAACCCGUUCCAACCGAGGUGAUUCUGGAGAUGGUAAAGCGUCUGGAGCCCCCAAAUCCACAGAAGAACUCGUGGGAGACGCAAAGCAUUUCGCUUAACACCACAGAUAAUUUGUCCAAACGUGACAUCCAGAUGGUGACGGAGUUGAUCUCCUCUGCGCUGAGAAACCCGCUGAGCCCGGUAGAGGACAACGCUGAACAAAAGGAAGCCGACCGACUGAAAUGUGCCACAAGUGUGGUUCACCAAGCUGACCGGGCCUGUCGACGCCUCAUCUCUGAAGCCAUGAGGACUGCCAGAGAAAAUCAAGUUUCCUCUGAACACAUGAGAUCUUUGGCCUCGCAGCUCAAUGAAUCCAAGGCGACAUUUCUUCGCAGCCUGCGAGAGCAGCUGCUGCAGGACUCGUCUUUCACUCAGGAGGAGGACUUGGACGUGGAGCGCGUGGUGAAAAGUGCAGUGGAUGUUUUCGACCGUGAGAAAACGGAAAUCUUGUUAAAAAUAAUAAAUGACCCUAAAUGACUUUUUCACAAAACUAGAUUUGAUUGUAUCAAGCCACAAGUGAAUUAGAGGAUAUGUAGUUGUAUAUAUUUAAAUAAAAUGUAUUUUUGCUUGUAACUUCCUCUUCAGUUUGUGGAACUAAGUAAAACAGAAUCUUAAUAACUGUAUUUAUCCCUUCAAUAAUUUAUUAAGACAUAAAAACAGUUCUAAUUUUCCUCAAAAUCCACAUAUAUUUUUCUGCAGUAUGUAAUCUUUAUCAGAUAACAUUUUUAUCUUGUCUGUCAGGAACUAAACAUUGCAUUACAUCUUAAAGUCACAGUGUUACCCUGAAACUUUACAGUUUCUCAAUAUCAGCUACUACACAAAUUAGAAGUGGCUACACUGAACUUUGAUUUUGGGAAAGAAAUUGAUAAAUACAGAACCACAACCAUUCAAAGUACAAUUUAUAAAUACUUGUAGAAAAGAGUUGCAGGAUAUAAAUAAUAUAAAAGAACAAAACUUACUGUAAAUCUAUCUAAAAUAUAAUUGUUUGGAUGUCUUCUACAAUUUAUGAAGUGAGGUAUUGAUAAAUAUCAGCAUGAGCAGGGUUUUACAGAUUAGCUGGACAUGAAGUUAAGUUUUGUACAGAAAACAAGCUGAUCAAUUCAUCAGUUUCUAAACAUCCCACUUCAGUUCCUCAAAGUAACGUGUCCAGCUGAUUUAACUGAGAUAGAAACGUUAGAGUAACGGAUAUAGAGAUGGACAAAUGACAGGUUAUCCGCAGUCACAACCUGUGUUCAAUUUCAAAUACUGAUGAUACUGUUUUUUUAAAUAGCUUAGAUGUAACUGCCUGUGUAUCUGUGAUCUACUGUGAAGCCCUGGUGACUCACUGCAAAAUCACAAUGAAACACAAGUUUCCUAAUACUAACUGUGCUUCUGUAAUAUGUGUCUGUCGUAUUCAGUCAAAAGAAAUGUAAAAAAAAAAGCUCAUAGGUGAAAGCUGUUGUGAGCCAAGUAUAUAGUGCAGU